AUGCAAUUGUUGGUUUUCGAAAAUUUGGUGGUCUACACUUUAGCAUUAUUGGUGUUUGGAGAAAAUGAAACAGUUAUCCAUAAUAAUAGUAGUAAUAAGGAGGGUAACCGUAGGAAUAAGGAGAGUAGCCGAAGUAUGGAUAAUAAUAACCAUAUUGAGGAGAAUAUGGAAAGCCUCUACCAUACGCUGACCCCAGUAAUGAAGCUAGCAAAAAAGUUCCAACGAAAGUUAUCGUGGAAUAAGUUUGUGCAACCUUUCCUUCGCCGAUUGUUCAUUUUUUUAUACAACCUGAAAUGCCUUUCCCCUUUCUUUCUACAGUUAUUUAUCUCCGAGCAAGCACCAGGGGGAGUCCCUUACAAUCAUUAUACUCUCUAA